GAGAGACUCAAUUGACUUGACCGGACUCGAACUCGACCAACCGCCGCGUCGAGCAGCGACUGCUCCCCACUCCGAUUGAGUCGGCUCCCAUGGCGGCUCCACUGCCUCGCGCACCCUUCUCCUCGCCCGCGACCCGCGCCGCCCUAUGGCCAGCCCGCUCCAACCCUUGCACGGCUGCGGCGCCAUCCUCGGGGGCCCUCGGGUGGCGGCGCAGGCAGCCUUGCCCGGUGCUCUCCAUGGCUCCGGGCUCCGCCCGGUCGACGCCAGCAGCCCUCGCCGUCGAUCCCAAGGUUGAAACGUUACUAGACAGUGUGAAGUGGGACGUCAAAGGGCUGGCAGUUGCGAUUGCGCAAAAUGUGGAUACUGGAGCCAUUCUUAUGCAGGGCUUUGCUAACAAAGAGGCCCUUGCAGCAACUAUAUCGACCAGAAAAGCUACAUUCUAUAGCCGUUCACGGUCUUCAUUGUGGACUAAAGGGGAGACAUCCAUGAAUUUCAUCAAUGUGCAUGACAUUUUCCUGGACUGUGACCGUGAUUCAAUAAUAUACCUUGGUACGCCAGAUGGACCUACAUGCCAUACAGGGGCAGAGACCUGCUACUAUUCUUCAGUCUAUGAUGCACUACAAGAUUCAAAGUCCAAUCAGGAGAGGCAGGUCACCACAACUCUCUACUCGCUGGAAGAUACGAUCAAUAGGCGGAAGGAGGAGAUAGUUACUGAAGGGAUUGGUAAGCCAUCAUGGACGAAAAAACUACUGCUUGAUGACCAGCUGCUUUGCUCGAAAAUACGCGAAGAAGCUGGGGAACUAAUUCAAACACUGCUUGAGAACGAGGACAAAACCCGUACUGCCUCGGAGAUGGCUGAUUUGCUGUACCACGCAAUGGUGCUUCUCAGUGUGAAGGAUGUGAAGAUGGAAGAGGUGCUGGAGGUCCUGAGGAAACGGUUUUCCCAGUCCGGCGUUGAGGAGAAGGCCAGUCGCAAGAAAUCUUAGUGUGAUCACCAUGUAGGUGGAUGAAUUCUCUAUCUGUUUGGGCAGGGUGUACUAUGGAGUUGUCCAGCUUUUUACAGAUUUAUGUUUUCUCAUUAUGCUCUCCAAGAAGAAGACUGAACUUGGCUUGUGCUUUUUUCCCCCCUUGCACAGUCGCAGUGGCGCUGUUGCUGCUUUGGCCAAUAAAGUUUGUUUGCUGUGUA